CUCCCUCCAGCCAGCGCGGUCCAGCCCUCGCGCACCAGCUGUUUCUAUAGGAACCGCGGAGCAGCCGCCCCUCCUGCAGAGGCCUCCGCAGGAGCAUGCCCAGUGGAAGCCGCUAGUUUGGCUCAGGUCUGGGUUUCCAGUAAGUGGCGUGCGGGACUCCGGAGACAUCCCCACGAGCUGAACCCGGAGCCUUUGUGUGCAGUGGGAGGAGGCGGCGCCGCCGGGCCUGCAGCCCCGCCCGGGGGGCCCCGGCAGGAACCAUGCUGGCGUGCCUGACCCGGGGGAACUUUCUGGACGUCCUGCAGGAGGGCUUCAACGAGGAGUUAGUGCCAGCUAAACAGAUGCUCCCUGGCAGCAAGCUCUCAGGCAGCGUCAUGUUCCUCAUGCAGCAACUGCAGGCGUACGUGGCCUGGGUGAACGCGCAGCUGAGGAAGAGCCCAGCGGUGAAGCCCGUGCAGGACCUGCGACAGGACCUUCGGGAUGGGGUGAUCCUGGCUCAUCUCAUCGAGAUUGUCGCAGGAGAAAAGCUGAGUGGGGUACAGCUGAGUCCUAGAAACCAACAGGAGAUGAAGAAUAAUGUGGAGAAGGUGCUACAGUUUGUGGCCUCCAAAAAGAUUCGUAUGCACCAGACUUCAGCUAAAGAUAUUGUGGAAGGAAACCUGAAGUCUAUCAUGCGGCUGGUCCUUGCCUUGGCAGCUCACUUCAAACCCGGCUCUGGCAGGACAGUAAGCCAAGGACGGGACUUCAGAGCCCCUCUGCAGAGUCACCAGCCACACUGUGCCACGGCUGUGGCCCAGGGAGCAGCUGCUGCUCUGGCUGAUGUGUGUCACGACAUGUCACGGUCAGGACGGGACGUCUUUCGAUACAGACAGAGGAACAGCAGCACGGACGAGGAGAUCGAGAAUCCAUACUGGAGCGUGCGAGCUCUGGUGCAGCAGUACGAAGGGCAGCAAAGGUCCCCGUCGGAGUCCAGCUGCUCCAGCCUGACUUCACCCAGUCCUAUCCACAGUGCAAAGAGCGAAUCCAUUAUCACCCAGUCGGAGGAGAAGGCAGAGUUUGUGAUUAUUCCCUCUGGAGGAAUAGAGAACAGGACAGAGGAGACAGACUCUCCAUUAUCCCGAGACUGGCGACCAGGUAGCCCCACCACCUGUCUGGAGACUUCAUGGGAAGAACAGCUGUUGGAACAACAAGAACAUUUAGAAAAAGAAAUGGAGGAAGCCAAGAAAAUGAUAUCAGGAUUACAGGCCUUGCUGCUCAGUGGGUCCUUACCUGAAGAUGAGCAGGACAGGCCCUUGGCCCUCUGUGAACCAGGAGUCAAUCCAGAGGAGCAACUGAUUAUAAUCCAAAGUCGUCUGGAUCAGAGUGUGGAGGAGAAUCAGGACCUAAAGAAGGACUUGCUGAAAUGUAAACAAGAAGCCAGAAACUUACAGGGGAUAAAGGAUGCCUUGCAGCAGAGGUUGACUCAGCAGGACACAUCUGUUCUUCAGCUCAAACAAGAGCUACUGCGGGCAAAUAUGGACAAAGAUGAGCUGCACAACCAGAAUGUGGAUCUGCAGAGGAAGCUAGAUGAGAGGAACCGGCUCUUGGGAGAAUAUAAAAAGGAGCUGGGGCAGAAGGACCGCCUCCUUCAGCAUCACCAGGCCAAGCUGGAGGAAGCACUCCGGAAACUCUCUGAGGCCAGUUACCAGCAGGUGGAUCUCGAGCGGGAGCUAGAACACAAGGAUGUCCUUUUGGCUCACUGUAUGAAAAGAGAGGCAGAUGAGGUGACCAAUUACAACAGUCACAGCUCUCAAAGCAAUGGUUUUCUCCCUCCGGCGGCAGGAAAAGGAGCCGCUUCAAUCACUCCUAGAGGGACCAGCGACCUGCAGCUCGUGCGCGAUGCUCUCCGCAGCCUGCGCAACAGCUUCAGCGGCCACGACCCUCAGCACCACACCAUCGACAGCCUGGAGCAGGGCAUCUCCAGCCUCAUGGAGCGCCUGCAUGUCAUGGAGACCCAGCAGAAGCAAGAAAAAAGGGUUCGGGGCAAGUCACCCAGAACUCAAGCAGGUAGUGAAUACCGGGAGUCCUGGCCCCCUAAUUCCACGUUGCCUCACUCACAGAGCUCUCCAACUGUCAGCAGCACCUGCACUAAAGUGCUCUAUUUCACUGACCGGUCACUUACACCCUUCAUGGUCAAUAUACCAAAGAGGUUGGGGGAGGUGACAUUGAAGGAUUUUAAAGCAGCUAUUGACCGAGAAGGGAAUCACCGGUAUCACUUCAAAGCGCUGGAUCCUGAGUUUGGCACUGUUAAAGAGGAGGUUUUCCAUGAUGAUGAUGCCAUCCCUGGAUGGGAAGGGAAAAUUGUAGCCUGGGUAGAAGAAGACCGUGGGGAGAAUUAAUUCUAAGUAUUGGAUUUGGGCUAGUGGAACUUGGCAUGCCCUGGCUGCUUCACUCAGGAACGAGAACUAAAACUAGAAUACCCUGCAAAGUUUCUAGUUCGUGCUGCCAAAAUGGAAGCUUCUCCAAGUGUGACAGCCACAGGCCAGUCGUUUCUGUGCCUGAUGUAUGUGGUACUUAAAAUCCCUGUCCAAAUGUAGACCAUGAAUUCAUCUGGAGUUCCUUGUCCGUGGGAACACAGUAUUUUAUUCUACUCUGAGGACAACAAACCGAUGGCCUUAACCAAUAGGAUGGACGAUCUUGCUCCUGUAGGGGCAUGGCUGCUACUAUCUGGAACCUGGGAAUUGGAUGCAUCACUCUGCUGUGUUAUUUCAAUUGGCCUCAGUGGUUGCAGCAAUCAGAGUCCAGCAAUUGUACUCACAGACAAGGCAAAGAUACCAGCUUUUUUGCUUCUUUGCAGCUAUUACAAACCAAGAAUAACUCAUGGGGUGGUACCAAAGAUGAAAGCCACUCGUCAGGAAUCUUUUGGAUUGGACAUGGAUGGUACUGAAUUGUUAGUUGGAUGGAAAAAGGGCUGCCCAUAUUUGUGCUAUACUGUGCUAAAACCAUAAUUAAGUAAGACCUCGGGCUGCCUCUUGUGUCUUAACUGGUUCUGCAACUUGUCCUUUAGCCCACAGGGCAUAGUACAUGUACUGCUAGUUUUCUCUGGGGACUCUUCAACUUUAGAGCCAUUUUUUCCCCUUCCAACUGAUGAAUUUUAUAUUUGAAAGGAGUAAGGAGUGAAAGUCUCCUUAAAAAUCCAGGCGGGUAUGGAAAGGUGCUGCUACCCAUAUCUUCUUGACUUACUUUCUCUCAUGACUUUCUUUAGCUCAUGGCAUCUCCUUUGCAAUUAAAAGGAGACAGACCAUUAAUUUCAGUAUUUGUGGUUUAUGAAGUAGUGAGCAUGAGUUACUGAUCUGCCCUUCUUUAGUUCAAGGCCAGAGUUAUUUUUUCAUAUAUUUAGUCUAGGCUGAUCCUUUAGGGCACAAUAGAAACCAUGGGGCAUGGAGCAUGAGUUGUAAAUGGCAGGGCUGAUUCUGGGUGAAAAGACCUAGAAUUCUUUCUCAUGUGUAACAUUGUCAAAUGUAAAGUUAAAAUAGUUAAAUUUCUAGAGAUUACUCAAUACUUGGGUUUUCUCAUUCAUUCAUCAAACACUAUCAACCAGCCAUCAUGAGAGAGAGAGAGAGAGAGAGAGAGAGAGAGAGAGAGAGAGAAAGAGAAUGUUUGCUUUCCAAAAGCAGUCUGCCUGUGACCACCAAUGUACACUGCCAACCAGGAGAGUUGGGCAGGUCAGUUCUGGGUUCUUGACCUGUCUGUCUCUAGUUCAUCUUCCCUUUUCUGCCAUUUCAACAGACUACUCACUCAUUGGAGCUCUGAGAUGACAUUUUGUUGUUUUAUAAAGAUGUGUUUGGAGAAUUCUUUUGUACUCAUUUGCUUUUUUGUCUGAGAACCAUGUCUAUUUUUAUAAUGAGUGUGAGUUCUGUAUAUUCUCACGUUGUGUAUACUGUGUCCAUUGUCUGGAGAACCCAGUAGCUUUUAUAUGGGCUCUUCUUAUCAGCCCUUGUGGUUUCCGAACGAGCUUUAUUUUAUUACAAGCAUACUAAUGGUAACUCCUGUUCCAGUUCUACCUGUCAUAGUGUGGAGGUAGGUUUACAUAAUCUAUUUGAUAGUUCUUCUAGCAGACAGAUCAAAAGACACCUGCUGUCUUCAUGUAUGUUUACCUGGUCUUCUAUUGAAGGAUGAUUUCUCAUCAGAAAUGACUGUCAAAACUUGGGAAAGUCAGUCAUAAGUAAGAAUAAUUCAUUAUGAAAGCACUCUGGUAUAUUCUCAGUUUAUUUUUCCCCCAGAAAGUCUGGAGAAAAAGUCCUAAUGUCACUAAUUUGUCUGUUGCAUGGAUUUUAGUGUUUUGCUAUAAGACAGCAUGAGGGUUAUCAGGCCAAAAUUCAUUACUAUAUUUCCAGUACAAUUUACCUUGAGUGUCUGUCUCUUAAAUCAGUUUGUACUUGUCAGUUUUCUUUCAGCAAACAUUCUUACCAUCAUGUAGAAUUUACCUUUUCAGAGAAAAUUAAAUCAGAUAAAAAUUUCAAAAUUCUCUAGCUUUUUUGUUUUUUAUCUCUAUGUCCUUUGGAAAAGGAGCUGCAUGGCCUGCCUCCAUAGAAAGCAGAAGUUGAGUUCAGGGGAGAAAAUGAGGUAAUUUUUUCCCUUUAGCUCAUCGAUCUAAUAUGCACUAAGCACCUCCGUUACAGGAUGUCACCCCAAUAAUUCUUGUGUAAAAUGUGUUGGUAAUCUUCAUUCCAGUUCCUAGAGAGAGAGAAGCCUUCUGGGGAGGAGUGUGCAUUGAUUCAUGCUGGUGUGAAUAGUCCCUUUUGGAUAUACUGUGGCUGUACUCUAGGAGGUCUCUUGACUUACUCGAGUCUUGUCCCCUAGCGGCUUUUGUGUGGGGCAGCCCAUCCUGUGACUGCUGAAGUUCUCUUUCUUUGAGAAAUCUAAGGAACUAGAAUGUUUAUAGAGUUCAUAAAAUAAUUUUUAUAUCCUGUUAGAUUUUUAAAAAUGAUCCUCUUAUACAAACUAGUCUAUUCAAAAACUCAAUUCCUUUAAAAGUUUUCAUUUAAAAACAAAAUGUGCUUAGUCAGUUCCCUAAUUAGCUGAAAGUGGAACACUUUACAAUUUGUACCUAAAUAAUUCAGGUUAAACUCACUUGAAAUGACAACCCUACUUAUUGACCAACUUUUCAGCUCUUUUUGACCAGGAUGGUUGUAAAUUAGGGAAAAUAUCUUAUGCUCUACAUCCAAUCCAAGAGGACUCUAAAUUACUUAAAAGCAUUUAGGUCACAAUAAUUUUCAUUUUUUCCUAUAAAAUAAACAUUAUGAUUGCACACUUCUAUUGUCUGAAUUUAUGUUAAGAGGUAUAGCUUGUUUAAAAUAUAUAUGUAAAAUUAUAUUUUCUUAGAAACACGGAUGUUUGCAACCAUUGCUUUCAAAGAGAUUACCAUGUAUUCCCUGUUUUACAAUGUGUUUUCAUAAAGACCAUGGUUAUACCAGAGGCUUCUGAUUAUCAAAGUGAUAACCAGUUUUAACCGCCUGUAUAUACCAGAUCUGUGAACUAAUUUAAAAAACAACAACACCAAACUAUGAAUAAAAUGGAGUUUGCAAACCAAA